UUGCGAACCCCCUAAAACCCUGGGAAGUGGUGCCACCCCACUACAAAUAAGAUGCCCCAAAUAUCAAGCCUUCGCCUCCUCCUAUUCUCCUCCGCCAAUCCCUUAACUCGUAAACCACCACUCUCCCUUUCUCAUCUCUUCAAACACAAACCCCCACUUUCUUCAAAACCUCGUCUUCUCUUUGCCACAUUCUCUUCAUAUUCAAGAAGACCAAAGAACAUCGAAGGCACAAGUUCGUUGAGUGGUGCAAGAAGGCGGAUUAGUUCCAAGACGGAUAAAGGGAAGUUGGCAAUGGAAGAGAGUAGCACUAAGGAUGAAUCUGUUGCUGGGUUUAAUAAAAGAAGGGCUGAGGGUAAAGAUAAGAAUGAUGGCCCCAAAAAGAACCUUCAACGCAAAGUCCGCAAGCUUAACCCAACUAAUACUACUUCAUACGUCCAGAUUCUUGGGACUGGCAUGGAUACUCAAGAUACAGCACCCUCAGUUCUUCUCUUCUUUGAUAAACAGAGGUUUAUUUUUAAUGCUGGAGAAGGAUUGCAACGCUUCUGCACAGAGCACAAAAUUAAGCUGUCAAAGAUAGAUCACAUAUUUCUAUCACGAGUCUGUUCAGAAACAGCCGGUGGACUCCCAGGUCUUUUAUUAACUUUGGCUGGCAUGGGAGAAGAAGGAAUGUCUGUCAAUUUAUGGGGUCCUUCUGAUCUCAAGUACUUGGUCGAUGCAAUGAAAUCAUUCAUCCCAAAUGCUGCCAUGGUCCAUGCAAGGAGUUUUAGUGAUGAUCUCUUUGUUGCUAUUAAUGAUGAGGUUGUCAAAAUAUCUGCUGUUCUGUUGCGACCACGUAACUCAAAAGUGUGUGACCUGACAAAGGAAGGAUCCUCUAAGCCGGAUGAUUCCACAGCUGAGUUUGCAUUAAAGCCUGGGGAUCUUUCGGUGGUUUAUAUCUGUGAGUUGCCUGAAAUUAAGGGAAAAUUUGAUCCAAACAAGGCUGUUGCUCUUGGUUUGAGGCUUGGCCCAAAAUGCCGUGAAUUGCAACUUGGGAAUUCAGUACAGUCAGAUCGCCAAGACAUUAUGGUUCACCCCAGUGAUGUAUUGGGGCCUUCUGUUCCUGGUCCUAUUGUACUCGUUGUUGACUGCCCAACACCAUCCCAUCUGCAAGAAUUGUCGUCUAUACAUUCUCUCACUCCAUAUUACUCAUAUCCGUCAGAACAAUCCAAGGAAACGUGCAAAAAGGUUGAUUGUGUGAUACACCUUAGUCCUGCUUCCGUAACAUGUACAACUGAAUAUCAACAAUGGAUGUCAAGAUUUGGUGAGGCGCAGCACAUCAUGGCAGGGCAUCAGCCGAAGAAUGUUGAAAUUCCAAUUCUGAAGUCGAGUGCAAGAAUCGCCACAAGACUUAACUAUUUGUGCCCUCAAUUCUUUCCGUCGCCUGGUUUUUGGUCCCUUCCGCAGUUGAAGAGCUUACCUUCAGUCUCUAAGGCCCCAAGUGAGUUCUCUCUUCCAGCUUCAUGUGAAGUUAUUACGGCAGAGAACCUCCUCAAGUUUUGUCUUCGCCCGUAUGCGCAGCUUGGAUUAGACAGAUCUGUUAUUCCUGAAAUUACUUCUCGGCCAAAAAUCAUAGAAGACUUAAUUUCAGAAAUUCCUGAAAUUGUGGAUGCUUCCAAGCAUAUUACCCAACUGUUGCACGGCAACAACAUUGCAAAUGGUGGCAGCAUGACUUUGCAGGGCAACAGUGCUAUGACGGAAGAGCCCUGGCUGGAUGAAACUGCACUACCUAGUUGUUUGGAAGGUAUAACAAGAGAGGAUAUGGAGAUUGUUCUUCUUGGAACUGGUUCUUCCCAGCCUUCAAAAUAUCGAAAUGUUACUUCUAUUUUUAUCAAUCUUUUCUUGAAAGGAAGUAUUCUGUUAGAUUGUGGUGAAGGAACGUUGGGACAGCUAAAAAGAAGAUUUGGCGUUGAGGGUGCUGAUGAAGCUGUAAAGGGUUUGACGUGCAUUUGGAUUUCUCAUAUUCAUGCUGAUCAUCAUACUGGUCUUGCAAGAAUACUUGCUCUCCGACGCGAUUUGCUCAGUGGAACUCCUCAUCAACCUUUACUUGUUGUGGGCCCACGGCAGCUUAAGACAUACCUUGAUGCAUACCAAAAACUUGAGGAUCUAGAUAUGCAGUUCCUCGAUUGUAGGCAUACCACAGAAGCUUCAUUGAAGACUUUUGAGUCAAGUGAGAACAAGGAUGUAAAUGGGAGUGCAUGUGUAAAAAAUUACCAAAAGAACAGUUCUAACUUAUUUGCUAAAGGGAGCCGUAUGGAGAGUCAUUGGAAGAGGCCAGGCAGUCCAGUUGAUGCUUCGUUGGCAUUCCCAUUGCUGACAACGUUAAAGAAAAUUCUCAGAGAAGCAGGAUUAGAGGAAUUGAUUAGCUUUCCUGUUGUUCAUUGUCCACAAGCAUAUGGCGUUGUCCUGAAGGCUGCGGAUAGGACUAAUAGCACUGGGAAGAAGAUACCAGGGUGGAAAAUUGUUUACUCUGGCGACACUAGGCCUUGCCCAGAACUAGUUGAAGCUUCCCGUGGGGCCACAGUUCUUAUUCAUGAGGCUACCUUUGAAGAUGGCAUGGUGGAAGAAGCCAUAGCAAGAAAUCAUAGCACAACACAGGAAGCCAUCGAAGUAGGGGACUCUGCUGGAGCAUAUCGAAUCAUCCUGACUCAUUUCAGUCAAAGAUACCCUAAAAUCCCAGUUUUUGACGAAUCACACAUGCACAAAACAAGCAUUGCUUUUGAUAUGAUGAGUGUUAACUUAGCAGACUUACCCAUGCUUCCCAGAGUUCUUCCAUACCUUAAAAUGCUAUUUCGUGAUGAAAUGAUAGUUGAUGAAUCAGAUGAUGUCAAUGUUGCUACAGCAGCAGCUGUUUGAAUUAUUAACACACACGACUCACAAUUAUUAGGAGUUGCAUCAUAGUGGAUUUGUUGAUUUUUAGAACUGUACAAUUUGUAUUUUUGUGUUGACAAUCACCUGCUCGUCUCAUAGUCAAUCAGUAUUUGUUCUA